AUGCGCGCUGCAGGUGCGCUCCUCCUCGUUUUGUGUUUCUCGCCCAGCGCGCACGGCCAGACAUGGUGCGGCAAGGUCUACAUGGCGAACGAGACCGUCGUGCCCCCCGGCAACCAAUUUAAAUACCCCGCCUCGUCCCCCACGCCCCUCCUCGCCCUCCGCUGCGCCCCCGCCCUCAUCCCCUACCUCCCCGAGGACGCCGCCGCGUCCCCCGCCAUCCUCGUCGACGCCCCCGUCCGCUACGCCGCCAUCGCCAACGCUAAGCCCAUAGCGACCGCCGCGGCCCUCACCCCAGGCACCGCCGGCCCCACGGACGCCCUCGCUGUGUCGCUCGCCAUCGACGGCAAGCCCGCCGCGCGGGGCCGCGUCCCGCUCAACGGCACCGCAGCGCUCCCGAUCGACCUCGCCGGGCUCGGGCUCGCGCCGCGCGCGGAGCCGUACGCGGUCACGUGCGUUGCGACGACGCCGGAGGGCGAGACGUUCACCGCGCGCACGGAGCUCGUGUACCUCCCCGCGCCGCGCGCGGACCAGGCGGGGGCGGUCACGAAGAGGGAUCUGCGCACGGGCGCGCUGCUGGCGCGGCCGGUGGGUGCGCGCGCGACGGGGGCCGCGUACGAGCCCGUGUUUCCGAUUGGGUUCUAUACGAACUUUGGGGGGUAUUUGGAUUCGAAUCUGACGCUGCUGGACGGGAUCAGGGACUUGGGGUUCAAUCUGGUCCAUCCCGUGCCGCCGUAUGACAACAUGACCGCGUUUGAUCUCGUCGCAAAGAGGAUGGAAGAGCUCGGGCUGUACCUGAUGUACGACAUGCGAUGGACAUACACGAACCUCUCCUCCGUCGCCACCCAAGUCGCACACGUCCAGCCGCGCUCCAACCUCCUGCUGUACUACACCGCGGACGAGCCCGACGGCACCUCGGACCCGUACAACGCGUCCACGGACUCGUACGCGCUUAUCCGCGCGCGCGACCCGUACCGCCCGACGUCGCUCGUGCUCAACUGCCAGGACUUCGGCUUCGCGGGGUACGCGCCGGGCGCGGACGUGCUCCUGCAAGACGUGUACGAGAUCGGGAACAACGUGACGUGGAGCAGCGAGUGGGACACGCCGUGCACGCGCGUGCGCGGCGACUGCGGGUGCGACAACUGUGCGGGCCGCUUUGAGGACAUCCGGGAGCGCGUCGUGGAGUUCAGGGCGCGGUUCGAGGUCGAGGGGUGGGAGCGCACGAAGCGCGUGUGGACAGUCCCGCAGGCGUUUGGGAACGGGCAGUACUGGAAGCGCAUCCCGACGGGCGCGGAGUGGCUCGUGGAGGCUAUCGUCGGUGUCAACGCCGGCGCGCGCGGCAUCGUGUCCUGGAACGACCCGACAACGGACGACAUCCGGGCCGCGGCGUCGCUGCUCGCGCUCGCGCUGCCGCGCAUGACGCCGUUCAUGUUCCCACCUCCGAUGUCUGCUUCGUCGGGGGUGGACUCGAAUUUUCAGCACGUGGUUACGGAGGACCGCGUCGACCUGGGCGUGUGGGCGGUCGGGGCCCGGCGGCUGGUGCUGGCGGCGAAUUUAGAGUAUGCGGGACGGAGCGCGGGCGUGCGCGAGGUGCUGGGGUCCGGAGUGGACGCUGGGAAGGUGGAGACGCUGUUCGAGGCGGGGGCCGGGGUGAGCGGAGGAGAGAUCGCGUUUGGGAGCGUCGCGUCCGGGGCGUGGAUCUUUGGGUAG